AUUAUGGAGCGAAAACGGCCUGGAGCAUCAAAAGACAAAUUGCGGUGGAUCGCUUUCAUUGUUGUAGUUAUUCUAGUGUGGAGCAGCGCUUCGGCGCAGAUCAGAUAUUCCAUUGCCGAGGGAGUCAAUGAAGGAACUGCUGUUGGAAAUAUAGCGAAGGAUUUGGGAUUGGAGAAGAAUACAUUGAAAGAGAGAGGAUGUCGCAUUGUUGAGGGUUCAUCGGAGUCGUUUUUUCACGUUGACCAAAACGAUGGAAUAUUAUAUGUUGACCGUAUUAUUGACAGAGAGAAGGUUUGUGAGAGAAACAUUGCGUGUUUGAUCAACCUAAAAACAGUGCUUGAAAACCCUCUUGAAAUUCACUAUGUGACUGUGGAGAUUCAGGAUGUGAACGAUCAUGCUCCUAGCUUUUCAGUUAAACAGUACCGUCUCGAAAUUUCGGAGUCAGUUUUACCAGGUUUGCGCCUCCAGCUGCAGGCAGCGCAUGACCCCGAUGUUGGUCAGUUUUCUGUCCAAGAGUAUAAGCUCAGUCCCAAUAAUCACUUUCGAUUAGAAGUUAAAGAUCGCGGAAAAGAGGGAAAAAUACCCAUUUUAGUCUUACUCAAGACGCUGGACAGGGAAACAAAGAAAAUUCACAAGCUACUUCUUUCAGCUAUUGAUGGAGGGAAGCCAAGUAAAUCUGGAACAGCUGAAAUAUUUAUUGAUGUGUUGGACGUUAAUGAUAAUAUGCCAGUUUUCAAUGAAGACACGUACUCGGUACUUGUGAACGAAAACACUCCCACCGGUACAACAAUAGUAAAAGUAAAUGCUUCUGACUUAGACGAGGGAUCAAAUGGUGAGCUUAUCUAUUCUUUAGGUAGCAAUGUAAACCACAGGAUACGCGAACUAUUUCGUGUUGAUCCAAACACCGGUGAAAUUAUUAUUCAAGAUGUGCUAGAUUUCGAAUCAGAGGAAAGUUAUGAAAUUGAUAUACAAGCGUCUGAUAAAGGCUCGGCUCCGUUAAGGACAGACAAAAGUGUGUUGGUGAAGAUUGUUGAUUUGAAUGAUAAUGCCCCUCAGAUAGAGGUCACUUCGUUUUCAAAGGCAUUACCCGAGGAUGCAAGACUGGGAACUACUGUGGCAUUAAUCAGUGUUAUCGAUAAAGACUCUGGUCUUAACGGGAAAGUAAUUUGCUCAUUUAAUGAAGAAGUCCCUUUCAAACUGUCACCUUCAACACACGACAACAUGUAUUCCAUAAUUACAAAAUCGCCCCUGGAUAGAGAAAAGCAGGCCAUAUAUGAUGUAACAAUAGUUGCAAAAGAUGCAGGCACACCCUCGCUGACUUCUGUAAAAAGCAUUACUAUUAUUGUAUCGGAUGUGAAUGAUAACAGGCCGGAGUUUUCGGCGAACCCUUACACUUUUUAUGUUACUGAGAACAAUUUACCAGGAGUUUCACUGUUUUCUGUGAGGGCAUCAGACCACGACGAGGGUGAAAAUUCCCAUAUUUCAUAUCAUAUCCUGAGAGACGAAAAAGAGAAUAGUAAACUUUCUUCAUACAGUCUUAAUAUCAAUUCUGAUAAUGGGGAGAUUUUAGCGCUGAAAAGUUUUGACUUUGAAUCGCUGAAAACUUUCCAGUUCCAAGUUGUUGCCUCAGAUUCUGGAACUCCGCCACUAAGCAACAACGUCACAGUCAACGUCUUCAUCCUGGAUCAGAACGACAACGCUCCAGUCAUCCUGUAUCCACUCAGCUCCAACGGCUCUGCUCAAGGUGUGGAGGAGAUUCCCCGAAACGUCAACGCAGGACACUUGGUGACUAAAGUCAGAGCCUAUGACGCUGAUAUAGGAUAUAACGGCUGGUUGCUCUUUUCACUGCAGGAAGUGACUGACCACAGUCUCUUUGCUUUGGACCGCUAUACAGGACAGAUCAGAACACUUCGCUCAUUCACAGAGACUGACGAGGCUGAGCAUAAACUGGUAAUACUGGUCAAAGACAACGGCAACGUUUCUCUCUCAGCAACAGCUACUGUGAUAGUCAAACUUGUGGAGCCCAAAGAGGCUUUUGCAGCUUCUGAUGUUAAAAGUGCAGCAAAAGAUGAUGAGGACAGUAAUGUCAUAUUUUACCUCAUGAUAACUUUGGGCGCAGUUUCUGUGCUUUUUCUCAUAAGUAUCAUCGUGCUGAUUGCAAUGCAGUGCUCCAAAUCCACAGACGAUACUUCUAAGUAUUUACAAAAGGCAGAUUAUGACGGGACACUGUGUCACAGCAUCCAGUACAGAUCAGGAGACAGGAAGUACAUGCUAGUUGGACCCAGAAUGAGUAUAGGAUCUACUAUAGUUUCGGGCAGCCAUGCAAAUACAUUGGUGAUGCCAGACAGAAGACGCCCACCUGAAGAGAAUUUCGACAAUGACCUCAAACACGUCUGUUUAGUGAUGCAGUAG